ACAGUUUGACAGCUGCGUGUGCUCAUAUAUAACGUCGGAUUUAUUCGCGUGAGCUGUGUGUCUUCACAGCGAUUGUGAUCAUAUAUAACAGGUGCGUCGGCUACAACACCCAAAAUGAUGUCCUCAGGCAACCUCGUGCUCCUACUGUGUGUCUGUCUGUGUGUCCAGUUGGCAGCUGGCCAGGUCGGAUGUCCAUCCGGAUGCAGAUGCACCACCUCCAACAACGCCAUGACCUGCCAGCGCCUCUCCAUCUUUCCCACUUACAUUCCCUCCUACAUAACCACGGCCUAUUUCUAUUAUUCAAACUUCAGGGAGAUCCCAAGUGGAAGAUUCCAUGGAAGCCCCAAUCUGAAAUCUAUAAGCUUUACUUAUGGAUCCCUGGGCACAAUACAGAGCUGCGCGUUCUCCGAUAUCCAAGCUUCAGUGACCUUCUCCCGAGUAAACAUCACCAACAUCAGGGGAGGUGCCUUUAGCAACCUGGACAAAAACAUCAACCGUCAAAUCACAUUUUCCUAUUCCAACAUCACCACCAUCGAUUCCUACGCAUUCCACAACCUGACUGGUGUGAACUCACUUACCUUCAGCUAUGCCAAGAUCUUCACCAUCCGACCGUAUGCUUUUAAGGACAUCAUCUACAGUCGGUCCUUGAAGAUUCAGUACACCAACAUCACAAACCUCAUGAGCUACGCCUUUGAUCUACCCCCCUACAGCUUCCAAUCGUCCCAGAUCACCAGAGGCUCCGUCAUGAAUAUCGGCUGCAACACCCUUGAGGAACUGACGUCGGUGCAGUACCUGACAACGCCGUGCAACUGUGACAACGUCGAGCUGUACAGACGCGGAACCAGGUUCUCCGGCAGACAGCACUGCUUUGCCCCCAACCAGAUCCAGAACCUCACCCCAGGCAGCCUCAACCGCUGUCAGCGUCCUGAUGUCAGUGUGCCGAGUGCGUGCCCCGGGAGUUUCAAUAAUGUUGACACUGGCGUCACAUCGACCGUCAGACCUCCUAUCCCAACAAGUGGCAACUGCACCCGUGAACAGAUCCGCCUCCAGUUGGCCAAUCAGAACUACAGGGAGGCGUUGGCCUGCUUCCGGUUCAACUUCGACAUGUCGGACAACAACCUCAGCUUCAAAUUCGACAUGACCCUUAAUUGAAGCAGGACCUAAUCUUUGGCCUGUUUCAUAAACGUAUCAUGCUGAUAUGAAGAAACAAUAAAUAUAAAACUACGA